AUGUCAUCAGGCCUGAACCUGGAAUAUUCUUCCUUAGAAUCUACAUCGAAAUGGAGGAAUCUGCCCCCUCCCCCCGGUUUCUCAAAAACGACUUCAUCUUCGAAGGGAAUAUCCAAGGCCGUUGCUAUCUCAAGUACAACUCCUGAAGCCUAUGACCAGCUCAAAGACAAGCGCGCCUGGGACUUAGCCAUAUCGCCUGCCAAAUCAUUACCUAUGCAGUUCUUUAUGCUUUACAUGUCAGGAAGUGGGGUCCAAAUAUUUAGCAUGGGCAUCAUAUUCAUGCUACUUUCUUCCCCAUUCAAGAAUAUUGCUGGCAUGAAUGAAGCUUUUGCUUCCUUCGCUCCAUCUGCUUCCAAGAAUCCUAAAUCGUUUUCUACUAUGGCUCUUCAAAAGCUGGCGUACUUUGCUUGCAAUUUGCUCACAUUAGGCGUCGGGUUGUGGAAAUGUCGUUCCAUGGGCUUACUGCCAACCGGAACUGGCGAUUGGCUUGCAUUCGAAACUCGGGGUCCGGCACCAGAACUUUCUCUUCUAUAG